CAUCUGAAUGUCUUCACAAGUUAUUCAUGGCGGAAACCAAACGUGUAUGGGAGAUAGUGGCACAAAAAAGAGUGGGAUUUAUUUAGGUUUUUGGUGAAAUGACAAUGCCGCAUGUGAACUCUGGCGGCUCAGAAGACUUCUUUUCAAAUGACGAAGUGAAAGUGUAUAAAGAUGAAGGGGAAGAGGAAAAGAGAUCAUCUGAAAAUUUAUCCGAAGACAAAUUAGGCUUAGUAACGGAAACCGAAGAGGGUAAAAAUGGUAGUUUGGGGAACGGAUACGACGGUGACAAAACAGAAAACGGGCGAGAAGAUGGAAAACCUCCAGUACAAGACAGAAAUGCAGGACCUUUUGGUUAUGGAAUGCCUUCUUAUCCCCCAUACUCAAACGGAUCUCCUGGUCUUGGCAGCAAGUUUCAGCCGCCUUUGGCGGGAUUGAUGAUGUACAAUAAUGAGCAUUUUGCACAACCCCCACCCGCACAUAUGGGCAUCCCUCCAGUUCAUAUAGACCCUAAAUCUGGUUUACCCAGACCCCCUGUGUACCCAUAUCCUGGAUCUGGUCAGUUUCCUCCUAGUCUUUAUGGACCAGACAUACCAGUGCAAUGGCAAAGACCUCCAGGGUAUCCUAUUACCUCAGGUGCCUUUUCUGGGCCUUACCCACCCUCAUUAUCUAGUUCAUCAUUUAGAUUUGGUCCACCAGGACUAUUUCAUCCUCAUCAUGGUUUACAUCAUCCAGGCAUGCCUCAUCCAGCCUUAAUGUCACCCGGACCAAAACAGGAGCCACAAGAUAAUCAUAGGAAUAUGCACGAUCAAGGCCCACCAGAAGAAACCGCAGCCCAGAAGAAAAAAAAUCAUAUUAAAAAACCUUUAAAUGCCUUUAUGUUAUUUAUGAAAGAACAAAGGGCAAAGGUUGUAGCAGAAUGUACUUUAAAAGAAUCGGCAGCAAUUAACCAAAUUUUAGGUAGAAAGUGGCAUGCCUUAGAUAGAUCUGAACAAGCCAAAUAUUAUGAAAUGGCACGGAAAGAAAAGGAACUUCAUCUGCAGCUUUAUCCUGGUUGGAGUGCUCGAGACAACUACGCAGUUCAUACAAAAAAGAAACGAAAAAAGAAGGAUAUCCAUGGUGGAGAAAACAAAGGCUGCUCGCCCAUAAGUCAUAAAAUGAAAUUGAUGUGGCCAAAGGAUGGACAGGAAAGUUAUUCUCCUCAAGAUAUGUGGGUAACAGAUUGUUCCAGUGCAAAAAAAUGUAGGGCCCGAUAUGGUGUAGAGCAACAGAAUCAGUGGUGCAAGCCUUGUCGACGGAAGAAGAAAUGUAUAAGGUAUUUGAUGGGUGAUGAAGGAGGGGAAACUGAUGGAGAUGAGGGCCACAUUAGUGACAGCAAUCGUACUGGAUCAUUGCAUGACAGUGAUUCAAUGACUGGUAGUCCCAUGCAUUCGGUUACGAGUGACGAUGCCUUUUCUACACCAUCCAAGUCUUUCUACCGACAUUCUCCCUCGCCUUUAGGUGUAGGAAAUUCGGACCUUGACUUAACGUUAAAAAGCGAUCAUACUCAUAUUGACAUUGAAUCAGGGGAGAUUGAUGUGUGUUCACAAGAUAAUGACUUGAAUAUUACACUCACAUCAAGUCCGCUGAAAUCCUCGCCAUAUCGUAAUCACAUACCGGUCACAUAAAGGGAUCAAUCUUCAUUCACCUAUUUGUACAUAAUAUAGACAGUGAUUCUGUACAGCAUAAUAAUGAUCUCCAAUUUCACCUCAUUAGUUGUGAUCAAAAGUACACAAAAUUUGUAUGGGAUGUGUUCAGUUUAUCAUCGUGUUGGUGUGCGCCAAAGGACGCUUUGCCAACAUUUCUUGUGCCGUCUGUGAUGUCAACAAAUAACUUCAUUUGUACCUCAAAUCAGUUUUGGCAAUUACUAUACCUCUUUGUCAGAGGUUUAACUACUGGUUAAUAUUUACAAAAUGGCAUUUUGCCCCUUUUUGAUUCGAAUAAAGUCUUUGUCUCAAAAACAAAUACAGGAGCACCACUUAAUAAAACUUCAUUGGCUAAAUAACUUUUUAUUUAAAUUUUGAAAUCAAAAUUGAUAUUUGUAGAUUAAAUUUUGAUGAUGAAUUACAAAAUGAUAUAUCUGUUUCAAAAUAUGGUAAUUCAGUUCAUAAAGAAGUAGAAUUUAAAAAAAAAUCUAAAAGUUUAAUCAUUUCUGGUCAGUUGAAUGUAGCUGCCAGCUGUGUGCUCCCUUCAUGCCACUUUUUAUAGAAAUUUGGUUGUAUUAAAAAUAUUUUAUGUUUUGAAAAAAGAAUUAUUCUUGUUAUGUAAUGUUAAUUUGGAGAAUUGUAUUUGAAAACUUGUAUUUUAGUAUUUAAUUUUUUAUGAUGAAAUCUACAAUUGAAAUAUUUUACUUAUCACAUUUUCAUUGUUUUUGUUUUUAAUGUCCAGUGUUAUGUUUGAAGAAAAGUUUAUAUGAAUAUAAAAUAUAGAGUAUAUAUAAUAUUUCAUCCGGUUAAAAACAAAAAGUUACGAGUGACCAGCUCAGUACUCAUUUUACAUGAUCUUACUCUCCAAAGUAUUUUUGAAAGGCAGAUUUUAAAAUUAAGAUUCUUUUUAAGUAAUGAAUUUUAUUUUUAAAUAUUAAAAUGAUAAUUAGUAUAGUACUGCCUUAUAAAGUCAAAAAACUUAAUUGGUUGUAUAGAAUUUUCAGUCUAAAUAAACUGGUCAAAUAUUGUUGUUAUAUUACUUAGGAGAUACUGGACUACACAAGAAUUGCAAUGUGGUAUAAGCUGCCCAUUUAUAAUUGGUGCAAAUUUUUUACAUUUAUUUUAAGGGAUCUAAGAUCAUUGAUAUAUAUUUAUUUGUAAAGAGCUUUUGUGUGUGUAUUUGUCUCACAAUACAGAUAUAUAUUUGUAAACUAGUCCUGCCGAAGUGAAAAUUCUAUUUGAAUAUUUGAAUGUCUUUUUCACUUCUUUUGCUAUAAGGGUGAUAAUUUCUGACAUUGUGGCAAAGCAUUUUACACAAGCACCUUAAUUCAGUGAUGGUAUACAACUAGAAACUAAUAUUAUGAUUUCAAUUAAUAUAAAGUUAAAUACCGGGGUAAUCUGUUCAAUGCAUCCAUCAUAGAUGGGACAUUUUAUGGUAUAAAUGUAUACUGUUUCCAUCCACACAUUAUACAAAAGUUAGAGAAUGCUUCUAUCAAAUUACAUAUUUGUAUAGAAUAUUUGAAUAUAUGAAAGAAAACCCCUUUUGAUUUUAGAAUUGUUUGGUUUCAUUGCAUAGUAACAGGCCUUUAACCAUUAGCUCUUAAACAAAUUUCACAUAUCCUUCAGUAUGCUUGGAUCAAUUUACUGAAUUGAUGAAAGUAAGUUCCCUUCUGCUUUUGUGAUAUUUUUAUGCCCCCGCCAUAGCGGAGGGGGCAUUAAGUUUUACCCUUGUCCGUCUGUACGUACGCCCUUCUGUACGUCCCAAAAUUGGUUUCAGUUCUCUAACUUUAGAUUGCCUCAACUAAAUGUUUUGAAACUUAUGCACAAUGCUAAUUACCACAAAACUCAGAUCAAGUUCAAAUUUUGGUGGCGUCACUUUGACCGUUCUAGAGUUAUGCCCCUUUACAAAUGGAAAAAUUGCUGAAUUUUUCGUUUCUGUUCUCUAACUUAAGUUUGCCCCAACUAAGUGUUAUGAAACUUAUAAACAAUGCUUAUUACCACAAAACUCGGAUCAAGUACAAAUUUGGGUAGUGUCACUUUUACAGUUCUUGAGUUAUGUCCCUUUAUAACAUUACAUGCAAGUGGAGGCAUCAUCUGUGUCCCAUGGACACAUUCCCCAUUUAUUUCUUAUUUGUCAUAUCAGAGAUAUGACUAUAACUGUUAGAUUUAAGGUAUUGUUUCACAUUUCUACCACAAGCUUUACCAUUGUUAGGUUUGGUUAAAGCAAGCCCCCUUUUGAUUUUGAAAACUUUAUUUGCUCCUUGAGAGUUAUGGGACUUGCACAGUCAAAAUUUAAGCAAUUGUGAUAGAGCCUGACUUUUGAUUUGAUGCCUUCUAAAAUAUUCCAUUUUAUUUUUGAAACAAAUUAAAUACCAAUAUGAUGUGCUCCUGGCACAGCUGUUUAUAUUUUUAAAGGCUUCGUUGUCUUUAGCCCUUACCAUACUUGAAAGGACAAGGUAUUAUUUAUACUGACAAUUUUCUUUGAUAACAUUCCAUCCUCUGAUUACUUCUCCUUGUUUGUACAAAUUAUAAAUGUAUUGUGAUUCAGAUCGUAUAAACGUGUAAUAUUGUGUGAUUCCAAUGUGUGCAUGUGUCUGAUGAAAUGAGGAGGAUGAACAUGUUUGAUGUAAUAUUUUGCUCCUACAUUUAUAAAUGAUGUUAGAGUGUUUUCUAGAAUAUAGAUUUAUUUUUGGUCAGUUCUCCAUCAAAUGGUCACAUACUGUUAGGAUGUAGAAAUAACAGUAUGGUAGCUCAUAAUGUGCAUGAAUGUAAAUUUUCAGAAAAUAUUGAUGUGAAUUGAGUAUCAUGUGCCUAAUUAUUAUAAUUAAUUAUCGUUGUUCAAAAAAUAUUAUUGAAGGAGAUUAAAUGUGGCUUUGUCUAUUUAUUUCCGAUUUUAAAAAUCUUUAACAAUUAAUUUCAAACCUUAAAAUUUUUAAUUUUUUUUUUAAUUUUGUUAAAUAGAAAAAGAACCUUUAAUUUUUUAUUUCAAAGUAGCCUUAGAACAAAAAUGGAAAUUAAAUGAUUUUAUCCACAACUAGAUUUAAUUUUAUUUUACUAAGUAUAUAACAAAUAUUUUACUACCAAUAAAUAAUUGUUGCCAAUGAUUUUCUUUUUAAUGUCAACAAAAUUAAAUUUAGCAUUGUUUUUGUUUCUGUUGCAUUUUUUUUUUUAGAGAACUUUAUAUUCAAACAUUUUAUUAAAUAAGUAGAUAUUACUUAUUAUUUUUUAUUGUUCUACAAAUCUACAAAAAUAUUGACGUACAAUAAAGAUCCUACUGACGGAAGUUAGAUAGAUGUGUCAUGUGUUAACUUACAAGAUGGAGACAUGUAUGAGAACAUUUUAUGCCAUUGAUCAUAUUAUUUAUGUUUCUAGCUUUAUUGUAUACGUUCCUCAUGUUCACCAUGUGUUAUAGUGCUAAUUUCAGGGAUUCCUGAUUCAAUGUAUAGCGUGCACUGCCAAUACAUUAUUUAUAUCAUGCUUUGUAUUUAUUUUAUACACUGUAAUAUCAUUGUCUUGCAUCAUUAAGCAAUUUUCAGCUUGUUUUCUAUGACAGUCUACUUUGUGUAUCUAACCUGCAUCAGUAAUUUGAUUUUUAAUGAUUAUUUAACAUUUAUUAUGCGACUUCAAUUCAAUUUAAAACUUUUAAUAUGUGUAUUUAUUUCCAAAGAUGCAAAAUUUUUUUUUAUUUUGAAACAAUUUCUACUUAUAUGAUGUCAUCUAUGGGUGAUAUGGAUGUCAUAAGUUUUCCUUAAAACAAAAUCUACACAUUGGAAAAACAUUUAUUGAAAUAACUACAGAAAGUUCUGUAGUAUUAGAAUGGAAGGUUAUUUUAAAACUUCAAGUACCUAAACCAAUUAAUGAGAUCAGAAUUUAUAGUCAACAUUAUUUCUGCUAAUUUAUUUUGCAGAUGUGUAUGUUGUAUGAUAUGAUAUUUCUGUAUGUAUUGUAUUGUCACAUACAUAUUAGAUAUAAAAUUAAAUUGAAAAUAUUAGUGUAAAUCUGGCCUACAAUGAACUCUGUACUUAAUUCAGAAUGCAUUUCUAUAAGCAAUCCUAAAUCAGAAAUGUUAAAGGUUUUAUUUGUAUAUAUUAUUUACUAUAUUUAUCCUUAUUGGCUUCUAAGCAUUUCAACUUUUCUUAACUGUGAAAGAGAUUAUUUCAUUGUAUAAUCUUUAAAAAGUUAUCUAAAAACAUAUAAAGAAUUUUGAACUUUUUUUUCCAACAGCUAUUUUUGUACUGCAAUCGUUCCUGAUAUCUGUAUUUUCAAAUUCUAAUGUAAUAUUUGAUUUAUAUAAAUCUUAUAUAAAAUAGAAAAUUUGGUAAAAAGGGAUUUGUAAGUUCCAAAUUACAUAAUAUUCUGUAAUAUUGAUAAAACGUUCCUAACUGAAAACAAUUAUCUAACUAACAAAAUAAUCAAUUUCAAGUAAGCAUUCUAGGUUCAUCCUCCCACCUUUCAAUUUUGUUUUGUUUAUUCAUGUUUUUUUUUUUCCAUUAAUAUUAAGUUGCACAAUAUUUGUGUACAAAAUACACGUGUUAAUUUACAAUGAAUUUUAAGCGGGUCUUUAUUUUCUUAUGGUGCUUUAUUUAGAUUAAGCAAUGGCUGAAAUGUUCUUUGACAUGUCUCAUGGACUAUAAUUUUACUGUGUAUUUUCUAUGUUACAGCAUUCUUGUUUCUGUAAUAAACCUCAGUUAAAUACUUA